AGCGUGUACAAGCGCAGGCGGAAGUUCUCACUCGUUCCCUUGUCCGGCGUCAAAGAGGACACGACAGCCAAAAAAAUGAUUAACAAAUUAAUCGGUACCAAGUAUGUGGCCAUUGCCAAGUCAUGGUUACCAACGAUGGCUGUGUGGGGCUCAGUUGGAGGCGUCGCUCUGGUGCACUUCACUGACUGGCGGUUGAUUUUGGAUUACGUUCCCUACAUUAGUGGCAAAUUCAAGAAGGACGAAUAAGAGGUUUUUUGCACAAGCACUGAAAUGAUGAACUGCCUCAGCUCCAUUCUCAUCCUGGUCCAAGCUUCACUGAAACGCCUCCAUCCCACAGCUUCAGACUCUCCUGAUGGAAUCCUGCAGGAUUAGUCAGAAGGGAAAAGAAAACGGAGAUGAUGGGACUUUGUUUUUCUUUCCCUGUCUGUACAAGAUCAACUGUAUUGUAACUCUCUGUCUGCUAGAUGGACAGUAGUUCUGCUAAUCAUGUCAAAUUGUUGUUUCAAAGAGAAAAGUAAAGUUUAAUGUAUUUAAUCUGGUGUGUCAUUAUUAAGGAAUAUUUUCAUUUCAAUAUAAUAUCCAUAAACUGAAUACAAGUCUCACAGCGCCUUCAUCACUGGACAUUAAUAAACAUGAAU